AUGGCCACUCAACGUCAUUACUAUCAGCCCAGCACUUAUUCCACAAACUUACCAUCCAAAACGCCAGUGUCGACAAGCUUCUAUCCGAUCUCGAGGGUUCCUGGCUCGCCACCCGAGUACUCAGAUGCCAGUACUACCGCAGGCAGUCGUAGCUCCGGGGGUCUUACUUUCAGCUCCGCUGGUCGCAGUGUAGACUAUGAUUCGAGCUCGGCAUCAUAUUCCGGCGUGGAUGUUGUCGAUAUCCUGAGUGAACGCAUGCAAACUGCAUUUGAUCCCACUCCAUUGGACAAGGGUCUUGUGAAACAGGCGCAAACUUCCGGUCAUUUGAAUGCAAAGCAGCGCGAGCUGCUCGAAUUGCAAGCCUUAGCUCAACGUCGGCUGAAGGGCGUGCGCGCAAGCUUCGCAGAAGGAGUCAAGACUGCACGAGAGACCAAGAGAGAUCUAGAGUGGACGCAAAAGCGUGUCAGUUCCGCCCCGCUCCGCGCAGGGGUCAGUCUGCUCCGCUCCGCUAGGAGAGCGCUUGGCACCACGCUGAAGAGCAAGGCUGAAAAGGCCCACCCGGAUGAGUACCGCCGUGCCACGAAGAAGUACACCUACGAUGAGUACUGA